AUGAAGUUCCGAUCAAAAAUGAUUGACGUGGGAUGUCUUAAUCCCUUCACGCGUGUUGUGAACACGAUUGCUAAACUGAACAAGACCUGCGUCCUGCGACUCACUCCUGACAACCUCUACUUUGUGCUCUCCGGGAAGGUGUCCAACGGCGGGGUCAGCAUGUGGUGCGAGUUAUUACAAGUGAACUUCUUUGAUGAAUAUCAGAUAGAGGGUGUAUCACCAGAUGCCAAUGAGAUAUGUCUGGAGUUGGCUCCAGAGAACAUAUCGAGAGCUCUGAAGACAGCACAAAACGCCAAGUCCGUCAAAAUCAAACUAACCAAGAAACACUGCCCCUGUCUCACCCAAGAAACACUGCCCCUGUCUCACCCAAGAAACACUGCCCCUCCCUCGUUGUCCAGUGUGAGUCGUGUUGUCACGCACGAUAUCCCAGUGGAUGUCAUUCCCCGGCGUAUGUGGCACGACUUCAAAGAACCCAGCAUGCCAGACUUUGACGUCAGCGUAUAUUUGCCUCAUCUCAAAAUAAUGAAGAAUGUUGUGGACAGGAUGAAGAACCUGUCCAAUUAUUUGGUCAUUGAAGCAAACCUCAGUGGUGAGAUGAAUCUGAAGAUUGAGACUGACUUGGUGGCCGUGACGACGCACUUCAAAGACCUUGGGAACCCACCGUGGGGUAUGACACACUCACACACACACACACACACAUCACACAUGGCACACACUCGCGUGGACAUCAGGAAGCUGCAGCAGUUCCUCGCGGGCCAGCAGGUCAACCCCAGCAAAGCCAUGUGCAACAUCAUUCACAAGCAAAUUGUGCACUUGAUCUUGCUACACGUAUCCCUGCAGUACUUCAUCCCUGCCGUGGCAUGA